AUGCUGCGUGUUUGGCUGACGUCGGGGGAGGAAGUUGCAAGCUUGCCUGUCGAGAACCUGACGGACGUCAAAAAUCUGAAGCUGCACUUGCAAGGCCUUUGUGGGCUGACAAGAUUCAGGCAGCGGCUGUUACACGAGGGUGUGCCGCUCUAUGAUACUGUCACCCUGGAUGUACCCAUGGACUUACAGCUAGUUUUACUUCCCUUUACAGAUGCUUCCGACUCCGACAUGUUCGAAAUGACAGCUGCAGCAACUUGGCCUGACCAUUUCUGGAUUGAGGAGUUGCUUCAGCGUCCGCAAGAUCCCAAUUUGCUGGAUGGUGAAGGCUAUGCGGCGCUGCACGUGGCAUGUCGACAGGGGCACAUCGAGAACGUGAAGCUAUUGCUGGAGGCCGGUGCGGACCAAAACUCAAUUGACCGCUUUGGCCAAUUCGCCCUCAACCUGGCAGUUCAAAACAGUAGCUCAAGGACCUUAAGCUUGUGCCCUUGA